UGGCUGAUGUAACACAGGCACAAAGACAGCAUCUUGCCUCUCCUCACAGAGUGCCUUGUCACUUCGCUUCCAUAUUCCCAUCACCACACAGUGGAACCACAGCAGCAGUGAAAGGGACAAAAUCUGUGUGCUGGACACUGUGCUGGAUUGUGGGGGUACAACGAUGAACAAGACUGAUGUGGCCCUGCCCGAAUGGAGGGCACAUUCUAAUGGGGAAGAUAGACAGAGACGGAAAAAAACGAAAACCUCUUCAGAUCCAGAGGUAACUGAAUUGGAAGGAGGAAGACUGAUCCGGGAAUAGGAGGAAAGUAAUUCUCCCACCGCGCCUCCUCCUCCUAUCAUUUAUCACUUGCCUCCUGACUCUCCUCCAAACCAAGCUGCUCUGUGCCAAGGCGGCAGCAGAAUCCCCUGCACGAGUGCCAGCCACUGGGAAUCUGCUUAAGCCGCCCUGUGCAUCCCAAGCUGCCCUAUAUCCGGUCGCCAUCCCUGACCAUUGGGACCACUUCUGAUGGCUGUGGCCUCCGCUGCCGCAGGAAGCAUCUUCCGUAAGCAGCUCCUUUUCUCUCUCUUGGUUUUAAUAUUAUUUUGCGAUGCAUGUCAGAAAAUUUCUCUUCAAGUUCCUUCUCAUCUUCAGGCUGAAACGCUUGUGGGCAAAGUGAAUCUGAAGGAGUGUCUCCAGUCGGCCAGCCUAGUCCUGUCAAGUGAUCCUGACUUCAGGAUUCUAGAAGAUGGCUCAAUUUACACAACACAUGACCUCAUUUUGUCUUCUGAAAGGAAGAGUUUUUCCAUCUUUGUUUUGGACAGUCAGAGAAAGGAACAGAAAGAGAUUGAAAUUGUACUGGCAGCAGGAGGAAACAAGACUCCUAAGAAGAGACAUACCAAAGACACAGUCCUCAAGCGCAGCAAGAGACGGUGGGCUCCUAUUCCAUGUUCACUGAUGGAGAACUCGUUAGGUCCAUUUCCACAACAUGUUCAGCAGGUCCAAUCUGAUGCUGCACAGAACUACACCAUCUUUUACUCCAUCAGUGGACCAGGAGUGGACAAAGAGCCCUUCAAUUUGUUCUUUAUAGAUAAAGACACUGGGGAUAUCUUUUGUACACGAAGCAUAGACCGUGAGCAAUAUGACCAGUUUCCGCUAUAUGCCUAUGCAACAACUGCAGAUGGUUAUGCCCCAGAGUACCCACUCCCCUUAGUAUUCAAAGUUGAAGAUGAUAACGAUAAUGCCCCAUAUUUUGAAAACAAAGUGACUGUCUUUAACGUGCCUGAAAAUUGCCGAUCUGGUACUUCAGUGGGACAAGUGACUGCCAUAGACCUUGAUGAACCUGACACUCUACAUACUCGUCUGAAGUAUAAAAUCUUACAGCAAAUCCCAGACCAUCCAAAGCAUUUCUCCAUACAUCCAGAUACAGGCGUCAUCACCACAACCACACCUUUACUGGAUAGAGAAAAAUGUGAUACAUACACGUUAGUAAUGGAAGUGCGAGACAUGGGGGGGCAACCUUUUGGUUUAUUUAAUACAGGAACAAUUACUAUUUCACUCGAGGAUGAAAAUGACAAUGCACCCUAUUUUGCAGAAACUUCGUAUUUUGCAGAAGUAGAGGAAAACAGAAUUGACGUUGAGAUUUUACGAAUGGCGAUACAUGACCAGGAUUUGCCAAACACUCCUCACUCCCAGGCUGUGUACACGAUCCUACAGGGAAAUGAAAACGGACACUUCAAAAUUAGCACCGACCCAAAGACAAAUGAAGCAGUCUUGUGUGUUGUCAAGCCAUUGAACUAUGAAGUCAAUCGCCAAAUUGUUUUGCAAAUUGGUGUACUUAAUGAAGCACAAUUCUCUAAAGCAGCAAACUCACAAACUCCUCCUACUAUGUGCACUACAACUGUCACUGUUAAAGUAAAGGACAGUGAUGAGGGCCCUGAAUGCCAACCGCCAGUAAAAGUUAUUCAGAGUAAAGAUGGCCUCCCAGCUGGCAAAGAACUCCUUGGAUACAAAGCGUCAGAUCCAGAAACGCGCAAUGGGGAAGGCCUAAGGUAUAAGAAGAUAGGAGACGACGAUGGUUGGUUUGACAUUAAUGAAUACACUGGUGACUUGAAAACUUUAAAAGUGCUAGAUAGAGAAUCAAAAUUUGUAAAAAAUGACCAAUACAAUGUUUCCGUGGUUGCAAUGGAUGCAGAUGGCAGAUCUUGCACUGGAACAUUAGUAGUUCUUUUGGAAGAUGAUAAUGACCACCCACCACAACUUGAAAAAGAAGCGACAAUUUGUCGACAUAAUAAAGAGUAUGCUGUUCUAGAACCUGUAGAUCCAGAUGGACCUGAAAAUGGUCCACCUUUUCAAUUCUUUCUGGAUAAUUCUGCCAGCAAACUUUGGACUAUAGAAACAAAGGAUGGUAAAACUGCCAUUCUUCGUGAACGGCAAAAUCUUGAUUAUAACUACUAUACUGUGCCUAUCGAAAUAAAAGAUAGACAUGGUUUGGUUGGAAAACACAUGUUAUCAGUGAGAGUAUGUGACUGUACAACUCCAUCUGACUGUAGAAUGAAUAUUGUCGAUGAGAGAGAUGUUAAGUUAUCAAAUGUAAUACUUGGAAAAUGGGCUAUUCUUGCCAUGGUGUUGGGCUCUGCAUUGUUGUUAUGUAUUCUGUUUACGUGUUUCUGUGUCACUGCUAAGAAAACAGUAAAGAAAUGUUUUCCAGAAGAUGUAGCCCAGCAAAAUUUAAUUGUAUCAAAUACUGAAGGACCUGGAGAAGAAGUAAUGGAGGCAAAUAUUAGACUCCCCAUUCAGACAUCCAACAUUUGCGAUACAAGCAUGUCUGGUGGCACCCUUGGUGGCCAGGGAGUCAAAACACAGCAAAAUUUUGAGAUGGUCAAAGGUGGAUACACUUUGGAUUCCAGCAAAGGAGGUGGACAUCAGACCUUGGAAUCCGUCAAGGGGGUAGGACAAGGAGUAACGGAUACUGGCCGAUUCACAUACACCGACUGGCACAGCUUCACCCAACCUCGGCUUGGUGAAAAGGUGUAUCUGUGUGGACAAGAUGAGGAGCAUAAACAUUCUGAAGACUACGUGCGCUCGUACAACUAUGAAGGAAAAGGGUCCAUGGCCGGCUCGGUAGGCUGCUGCAGUGAUCGGCAGGAAGAAGAAGGACUUGAGUUUUUAGAUCAUCUGGAACCCAAAUUUAGGACGCUAGCGAAGACGUGUAUAAAGAAUUAAAUGUGCCUUUAAUAGAGUACCAUCUACAAAUGCCUAUGUAGGAGUGUAUUGAAUAUCAGAUGGUAGCAGCAUCUGCUAAUGUGUUUAUUGGAGGUAAACUUUGAGUCAUGUAUAGAUAAGGAUACUAUAAAUAUGAAGCUCCCCUAAAUUCUGCUUGUCUGAUAUGACUUCCAUGUUCUCUAGAAAUACAAGUUUCACUUGUUAAUUUUCUUUUAUAUGCUUAUAUAUAUUGCCCUUUCUGGAAUGUACUAUGUACUUUCUUGCAUCUUCUAUUUGAAAACUUGUUACUUCGUACGCUAUGGAAGAGUAGGUGGGAGAGCUGGGUGUUGUGGAGGCUAAUGAAAAAUGAAUUUUUAUUUUAGAUGAAAAUUAAAUAUUUUCUCCAAAAUCUUGGGGAGAACUAUUUAGAAAUAUUGUCUUUGGUGACAGAGAAUUGCUUCCUCUACCCAAGUGGCUAUGUAUGGAAGGAUUUUUAAGUAUUCUUUGGUGCAGUCUUCAAUUUGGUAAAUAAAAGCUCAUUUCUCCCUACAAUUUUAACUUGUGGAGGUGUACCCAGUACUGUUUUCUUUCAGGAGGCUUCAGAGCUUUGUCCUUGGGUCUCUGACUAUGUGAAUGUGUUAUCAGGUUCCUACAGCUUCUAGGAUUGUUGGAAAGGCAUGGAUUAGAACAAGCUCACAGCAGUUUGAGCCACAGAGAUUUCAUAAGGCUCAUAUGAAAGAAUUUCCAUGAAAGAAUUGCAGCCUUAAUACCAAUGGGUUGACUCAGACCCACAAAUAUGUUUUGUUUUUACAUAAUGAGCUAUUACCUUUUAAAAAUACAAAUACUUGGCAAGAACAUGCACUCUCUAGUUUGACACAGGGCCACCAUCUUCAAGCAUUUGUGGAACUAGCCCAGCAGGUAUGAGGCUUGCAACCCUGAUACGCAGUGCUUAGGCCUUUGAACAUGCUAAAAAUUGAAUGGCCAUCCAUAUUGGAACCUAAA